AAAUCGAGGCGGCAGCGAGCGCAUGUUCGAGCGAUGCCUCAGGUUCAAGACGGGGCUUGUCCUGGUCAGGAAGGUGCCUCUUCUAAGUUUGCAGUGAUUCAAGAUAUGGACGGUGAACGCAACUGGAAUGGUGAGAAUGCAGAGGAGCCCCUGAGUCACCAGGAUGGAUCAGAAACAAGGAAGACCCUCAGAAAACAUCUGGGCAAUUGGUUCAGAUCCCGCCGAGUGGUGACUGUGCUCCUGGUGCUGUCUGUGCUCCUGAACGUGGUGGCCGUGGCUGUGCUGUCAGGAAAAAGUCAUGGAGAGAUUCCAGUUACACCUAAGGGUCCACAGUUUGUGGCUUGUCCUGAGGACUGGGUCGGGUACAACAGGGUCUGUAACUACUUCUCAUGGGAUUGGAGGACCUGGGAGCAGGCUCAGCAUCGAUGCUCUGAGCUCGGGGCCUCCCUAGCCGUGCUCAGCGACAAGGCAAUGGGCUUCCUCUUCCGCCUCAAUGGCAACCUGGAUUACUGGCUCGGGCUGUGGAGACAGGGCGAGAGGUUUCAGUGGGUGGACGGCAGCAGCUACAACUCCUCGCUGGAGGUCCUUGGCAAUUCAGAGUGUGUGUACCUGGCGGAUCAUAAACUCAGGAGUGAGGACUGUUCAAAACAGCUGCCGUAUCUCUGCAGCAAACCCCAACCUCACCUGUAAUAGAAGUGAGGGAGAAAGGACCUUCUCCAUCCUGAAGACUCACAACUUUCCUUCUUCCACUAGCACAGGGAUGUCCUUCCACAGAUGAACAUUUGCUUUGUGACACAUCUCAGCACAACCUCAGGAACCUCGGUGCCUUUUGUCAUUGUCACCUCAGUAGCUGGUCUCAAGGAGGUGAACCUGCAGGGACAUGAUGUGGAAGUGGACGUGUGCCUUCAUGGACUAGGGGUUUCUUUCUCCAGAAGUCUUCCUCAUCCUCUAUUUAUAUUUACUUUAACAGUUUACACUAUAUGCACUAUAUUCAAGCCCUAUAGUGCUUGAAUGCUCGCGUGUGAAGUAUUUUUCCAUUCCUGAACGCUGUAUGAAUCUAUGAAUGUGAAUGUACAAUGUCCUGAUUGUGGCCUCAGCAGAGUUACUGUAUCAGUGCUGCCGCUGUGCUUCUCUCUCUUUCUCCUUUUUUUACAUUUAUAUUAAAGUUUGUACGACCCCA